UCCUUGCUGCAGAUGGAGCUGGAAGCGCUGCGCUCUAUCUACGAGGGGGAUCUGUGCUUCAGGGAGCUUAGCCCGAUUUCCUUCCAGUACAGGAUAGGCGAAAGUGGAGAUCCUAAAGCCUUUCUAAUAGAAGUUUCUUGGCCAGAAACAUAUCCACAAACAGCACCAGUCAUAUCAAUGGAUGCUUUUUUCAACAACACAAUAUCUUCAGCUAUUAAACAAAGUAUAUUGGAUAAGUUAAUGGUAGAAGUUGAAGCAAAUCUUGGAACUGCUAUGACAUACACACUUUUUGAAUAUGCCAAAGAUAAUAAAGAGGUGUUCAUGGAAAAUCAGCCGGUUAACACUGUGACUUCAGUAAGCAAUAGUAUUACAACUGGAACUCCUGAUGUGCCAGCAAUUAAGAAAAAAGAUAAAAAGGAGCAGUUAUCCAAAACCCAGAAACGAAAACUAGCCGAUAAAACAGAUAACAAGGGGGAGCUUCCACGAGGCUGGAACUGGGUGGACGUAAUUAAGCAUCAUAAACCUGAUGUUGAAUGUCACAAAGAACUGCAGCUUCUUAACCAUGGUACAGACAAGAUGAAAAUUUUGUUUCAGGUAUUUACAAACUGCAGCCCACCAGUCUUGCAGCAAGAGGUUGAUCAAGGAUUCAGAGGUCUCCAGAAGAUCACUGUUACUGCUUCAAGAGGAAGACCUGUGACUUAGACUACAAACUGUCAAGCAAGCAGGCUUCAUGUUUCGACAUCCACCUUGUGAAAACAGGUUAAUGAAAGGAAGUAUGAAAUACAUCAGAACGUCAUAGAAAGCAUCCACGCACAGAACUUUGGACGCCAUGGGAAAGGUGCAAGGAAAUUAAGACAGGAACUGAGACUGGAGAAAAAGGUAAAGCAAGAACUGGAAAAGAAGAACUCACAAGUGAAAAACAUAACGCCAUUGGUCAGUACUUGCUUAGGGGAGCUGAAAAGGUGAGAAACAACAUCCAAAUGUAUCAUGUUUAUAAAAUUUCUCUAAAAUCUCAAAAUAUUCUUCUGCUUACUGAUGGGUAUGUUAUAUAACAACUGUUAGAAUUCUGAGAAGCUAUUUUGCCCUGCUUCGUAUUCCUUUUUUUUUAAUUAUGUCACUUAUUUCUAGCUUGUUUUCCCUCCAUAGUUUCCAUUAUGAUCUGGUAUCAGGGAGGUCUCAAAUAGGUAAGUGUUCUGGGGUCAUAAUCAUAAUUAAGUCUGUUUGGCUUUACUAUGAACAGUUUCCUAUCUGACUUACUGUAGUCUCAGUCCUGUGUUCCUUUUAUGUGAUUUACCUUGAUUUUCUCAGUCAUCACUGCAUUGGGUCAACAGACAGAUCAGCUGGAGAAGUUAUUACAAGUGCAUACAUGUACAUAUACAAUAAUUUAUACAUCCAUGUGAAAGAAUUUAUGCCUAGAGGUCCAUUUUGUUUCAAGGUUCAUUGACCAACACCCAUACCACUUAACUACUUACAUAAAUAAACAUGCUAAGACUGAGAAAAGGGUACAUAUUUUAAAUUAGAUAUUAAUGAGAUAAAGAAGAAAAGUGCUGACAUAAAUCUGCAGAAAAAUUCUUGAGCUUGGGACUGACUUGCUGAUGAUCUCCUGCUCCCUAGGUCAGAGUGUGUUCAUACCACGUGCACCAUCUUUCUGAGUUCAGUUUGCAACUCCAUCUCUGAAACCAGCACAUCCAUCCUCUUUCUAUAAACACUACUGCCUUGACCUACACUGGCCACUAUCUGGUGCUUCCCAGCUACACUGAAGAAGAGAAAAUGGACUAUAUCAUACUGUGGAACUUAGAAACCAGAAUGGUUGGUAUUAUUUUUUGUAGGCUUAAAUGCACUUUUCAUGUUGCAAAGAGACUGCUAGAUGUGGUAUUUAUGAAAAUAACCAAGAGUUUGGAUGGUGAAUAUUUGCAUGAAACUACUCAGAAAUUACAAACACAGUAAGGAUUACUUACUGAACAUGUUCUCUAGUUGCUAAACUCUAGUUGCUAAAAAUUCAUGUACUCAUUUUGCCAGUCCCUUCCACCAAAAAUUAACACUUAUCGGGGAAAGUACUGUGAAACAUUAUUCCCGUGUUUCUUGAAUAGGUAGAAACCAAAGCAUAGUAUCAAGGUUUGCUGCUUAAAAUACCUGAACAUCUACCAAAUUUUCUCUAAGUGUGGAGAAUAUGAUUACUUUGUUACUAAUUAAUUACAAAUGCAACAAGUACAAAGCAGAUCUGGAAAUCCAUUUAGGAGGUAAUUUAUUUCAACAGUACUGAAACUGGGCCUAUCUUUCUACUGUAAUAGGAUGGGCACUUCAUAUAUACAAACAUAUCCCUAUUUUCACUCCAGCAAAUAGGUAGUACUUCUGUACAGCAGCUAGAACCUUGUCCCUGGGUAGUUGUGUUCUGCAGCCAUUGCCUGAAUUGCUAGGUAUCUUUAGAAACUUCCUCUCCCUGAUCCUAAUCUCAGUGCCUCUGAGAAAUUGCACCAUUCCUCACAUCCUAUGCCUUUAAAUGUUCCUCAAUUGUGGAUCUGGAUUUCUCUGAGAAGAGGAAGGUUUAAAAAUUAUAGAAAAAUUACUCAGAUGUGUACUGCUUGACAAUUACAGAUGAUAAUAGAACUGGUUUUGGAGUCAUGGUGGAAAAUGGAUAAACUCCUGAGUUUUAAGUAUGACUACUUGUGAAUCAUCACCCCCUCUUUUCCCAGAUGAAGUAGAUGAUGAUCAUUCCACUCUGGACUAAAAAUCUAAUCACAGUGACACAAUCAAGAUGGGGAGACUGGGCUGAA